GCCUCCGAGCCAGCCACGACAACCUUGGUGGUUGAUCGUCCUAAGACAAGAUUCACCAACAGAUCGAGCAAACGCGUCCUCCUAUCUCGGAUUCACUUAACGCAUGCGCAGCUCCCACAUCAACCGACUCCGGAGCUAGUCGAUCCCUCCAGAUAUGGAGUGAGGGGCUUCCUGCCAGCAUGUCCCUUCCAAGGAGCCGCGCACGCGGCGGCGACCAAGGCCUCCUCUCGAGGUCACAAUUCACCACCAAUGGCGGACGCCUCAACGCCGCUCUCUUUCGAAUACCAAAAGACCAAGAGGACCUUCUUGCCAAAGAGAAUGCAUGGGCAGAAGAACAAAGCAAACAACCGGGGGCCCCGCCUAACAUCCCACUCUCGGUCCUGAGGGGACUGGGAGAGUUUCAUACCAGACAAGCCAAGGUCCAGCGACGCAAUCCUGUGCAAAUGGCCUCUUCCCCACCGCAAGCAGCGAUUGUCAACGCUCCACCUCCCUCGACACCCAGAAGCGACGAUGACCCGGAUUCGAGACUUACGACGCCGAUAGCGCGAGGUCAUGUCAUGUCACAGAGCAUCGACCAGAGUCCAAAUGGUACAGAAAUCAGCUGGCCAUCAUCUCCAGUCCGCGAUCGCCCCACCGUCGUUGUCCAUUCCAGCACUAGGAGCGACGAGGCUUCGUCGCCCAUAUCGCGCCCUCCGUCCAUUCAGCCAUUGGUUCGCUCCAAUAGAUCUCAUGACUUCGCCACACAAGUCCAGUCCUCGCACAUUCCGACCAGUACGGCAGCUGAGCCGACAUUGCGACCUCGCAUAACCGACAGCACGUACUCGCCAAUACGUCCUGCCCCGAAACGAAACCUUUGCCCACAUGUGCCCUUCAGCAGUGCGGGCAACUCUGAGGACGAACUACCGCUAGUUCCACCGAAGGCGAACGACUGGGUUGAGAGAGUCACCAUAAAUCGGCUUGCCCAGCCGUGUCCAACGCCGCCACCCGCGCAGGUCAUUCCAUGCUCAGAGGGCCAGGGUGGGCAAACAGGCUCAGAUACGCCGCGAAAGAGGCGUCAGCGGAUGCAGUCGUUGAACAACCUCAUCUUCGACGAGCCAAACGAGCAAUCUCACCCAGUGACUCAGGAAUCCAUCUUGCCCCAAAGGGCGCUCCCGCCAGUCGAGGAGGAGCCACAACAUAGCGAACAUCCCGUAACCAGCACUCCCGAGGUGCCACCACCUGCUACGACUACUAGCCGGAAACCCUAUGAGCAGUUCAAGGCAACAUAUACCGACUAUGGUGGCGACCUCUCCACGUUUCUUCGGACCUGCAUUUACCUCAAGUACCUCGAAGACCGAGACGAGCUCAUCCCGUUCCUCUAUGAUGACUUCAUCCGGGCAUUUGCGCAUGGAUACCUUCCAUAUAUCCAGAACUGGGCGGAGGCUGGCAACCCCCUCCCUGCAAUCAAGUGGUAUAACAGGAAUACGACACACCCAGUCUACAGCCAGCAGGUGAUGGACAAAGCCGCGGUUGCUCUUGCCUUUGAUGUGUAUCCGGGAGAGACAAGGCACAUUAACGAAGGCCUUGCUGGAGCGGAGACCCAAACAGCCCCAGUCACCGAACGCUCUCCGCCCCCGAGGCAGACAUCCACCAAAGACCGGACUGAGGACGAAGAGGAUAGGAUACCCGGAAAUCCUUCAUCGCGGCGCACAAGCUGUUCACCCGACCUGAGCACUCCGAAGUCCACGGACACAAGGCCGCCCUUUCUUGAGUUGCAGAAUAACCCCAGAAGCACGGUGGACCCUUGGCUAAGUGCUCCGGAUAUUCCCAGUCAGGCUUCAAUCAUCAUUCCAAACACAUCACGAUCAAUACUGGAGGCAAAUCCUACGCGGAUCCCCGAGACUGUUCGGAAACCGAAACAGCCACAGUCGGCCCGGCUCCCUCGAGAAGGAAGUAUGAGGCCCCCUUCUCGCGAAUCUGCGGGUUCGAGGGUACAGAAACGCAAGCAGGGCCCGGCAAGCAAAACCGGCAAAAACAGCAAAAGCCUUGUCCAACAUUUUCGGGAUGCCAUGCGCAAGAACCCACAUCCGCGCCUGGCAUCUUCCAGCUAGACGUAGGAAGGAAAUUACACCGAAUCCCAGAAAGGCAUUUUCCGGCACUGAAAAUUGACGCCAUGACUUCAUAGAAGACAUCUAUCUCAUGGGUUGGUUGCUACUUGCCUUGGCUCAAUCAGAUGGGAGUUGACAUGGAUUACGGUCAUCAUGCCUGAUACCUAGGUAAGGGACCUAGGUAAGGGAUCUACCCUACUAGGUAAGGGCCUACGGUGUUCUUUCCGCAAAGACGUAGGUGCCGAUUCUUAGGUCCUGGUGCCAUUAGAAGCCUAUCAGAGGUGACCUUUUCAGCCAGAGGCCUCGACCUCCUUUUGCU